CUCCAUUGGCUCGUUGAAUGUUUUCACUCGAGUUUUUUGCUUUCGAGGCUCUCUUGUUAUAUAUUUUGUGUUGACCCUUCUAAUACAUUCCUAUUACUAAAAUCUCGACCAAACCCCUGUAUAAAGUAAUCAUUCACUACCCAACUCGAAUUAAAGUUAUGAAUAACUAGGAACUCUCGAAUUCCGAUACUCUCAACAUUACAUACCCUCAGCCUUCGACAGUAUCUACCUCCAAUACUUUCAACCUUCAACACUCUGGACUUUACAUACUAUCGACCUUCAGCACAUUCAACCAUCUACACUUAAAUUCUUCCAAAACAAAAGCCUCCGGGAUCAUGUCAGAUCACCCACAAGAGAACAGUCCCCCAGUAGACCAGUCGGGCGACGAUAUUCCACGGCAACAGACUCCAGAAACCCCCGAUUCAGUUGCUAUUCAUAGCACUGAGAUGACUACGUCUUCAGGUAUCAGUGCCACUGAAUCUGUUCCGACAUCUGGAGCCUUUAAUCAUGGAUACGUUAACGACAUUCGCAUCGGCGAUGAUGUCAUGUUUUCCGUGAUGCAAGUUCAGGGAAACCUUCUACGAUUACUGAGCGAGGCUCCCAACGCUUUGUUCCAGUCUCUGGAGAUGCAGGAACUGCAGGCGAUCAACUUCAUCGACGGGCUCGAAGUUGCUACUCUUCGGGAUGAUGAAAUUGGCACAAAAUGUCCUUGCUGUCUGGAAGAAUAUGGCGAGGGGCAUCACCCGGUACGCACUACUUGCGGUCAUGUCUUUGGCCGUAGGUGCUUGGUCGAAUGGGUCGAGAUAAGGAUGGAUAAUUCUCGGUUGUGCCCACUUUGUCGGACACCCUUUGUUCAGAGUGCUGGAGCCGAUCAUGCUGUCUGAUGAUGUGUUCCGAACUUUUAAUAGAACGUUAGAGAGUGCCCAUGUUAUUGUCUGGUGGUACUGGUAUCUACAAAGCAAUAAAGAACUUGAUUG